GGAUGGGGAGAAGAAUGCGCUUUUUAACUUAAUUUGCUAUUUACAAGGGCGUUACAGAUGUCCACGCUCCGGUCUCUCUGCCCCUGGGCGUUAUAAAUAGUAAAGGUUAAUUAGUUAGCUGAGAAAUUGGAUCAGGGGCGGGCAGUCAGAACUUGAUCCACAGACAGGUAACUCAAGCAAUCCCUAUUGUCACAGCAAUCAGACCUAUAUAAAUCCACCUUGACGGACAGCAGUCACCACAUAGCCUUACCUCUCUGCUGGAUCACCGACCUGGGCGAGAACCCCACGAACACGGAAUAAAAUGUCGCUCUCAUCUAUCCUUUCUGCUGAUGCCAUCGACAGUGCUAUCAAGGACUGCCAAGCUGCAGAUUCCUUCUGCCCAAAGAAGUUCUUCCAAAUGUGUGGCCUCAGCAAGAAGAGCGCUCAGGACGUGAAGAAGGUUUUCGGGAUCCUGGACAACGAUGGCAGCGGAUUUAUUGAAGAGGAAGAGCUCAAGUUUUUCCUUCAGAGGUUUUCUCCUGGAGCUCGGGUUCUGACAGACAAGGAGACCAAGGCCUUCCUGUGUGCCGCCGAUGACGACAGUGACGGUCGGAUUGGAGCAGACGAGUUCCAGGCCAUGGUCCUGUCCUAAACAUCUGGACUCCAUCUCUGCAACUGGAUCUGGUCUCCCUGCCACCCUUAUCUGACUGCUUUAAGGGCUCCUACUUUAGUCAUUUAGCCACUUUCCAACUGGUUAGAUUAAAACCUUUGAAUUAUUUUGCAAGACUCACUCCGGUUCUCACGCAUCCUCAUCUUUGUCAUGUUUUUUUGGUUUGUUUUACAUGUUUUAGACAGAUCAUAAAAGCUGUAUCGCCCAAAUAAUUGUACACAAAUGACCGAGAAAAUAAAAUAAUAAAACCCAAGAA